AUGGGCAGGAGCAAGGGCAAAGCGCCCCAGCGCCCGGCGGGGCCCCGGAGGCCGGCCUCGGGGGAGCCGGAGUCUGGGUCGGCCAGCGCCGACGGCUCGACCAGCCAGGGACGCCGACAGGGCCGCGGUAAGGUCGGGACGAGACCGGCCUCGGAGCCUGCCCCCGCCGGGAGCCGGGGGAUCCCUGGGAGCCGCAGGAAGCCCACCGCAGAGGGGAACGGCGGCUGCCGAUCGCCAGGGCCAGGGCCGCCCCCGAAGGCCGAGGGGAGACGAGGCAGCGUGCGGCGUCGGCGACGCGGGCCCACGGAGAGCCGCGGGCCGGGAGACAGCCAUGGAGGGCGCCUGGAGGAAGAGAGUCUCCCCGGGGAAGAAGGACCGACGGGCGAGCGCGGCCGCCGCAGGAGAGGUAAAAGGCGGGAACCUUCGGCUUGGCGGGGCCGCCCGCAGACCCCGAGCCUCGAGAGCGACACGUCGAGCUGGGACGGGGGCGGCUCCUGCCCGGACAGCGAAGCCCGCGAGGCCCAGGAAGGCGGCAGCCAGAGCGGCAGAGCCCCGGAGCUACGGCCCGGGUCGGACACGGGCUCGGAAGGGGCCAAAACGGGGCCGGAGUUAGCGCCGGAGCCCGGCGAGCGCCGCGGCAGCGACACAUCGGAGAGCGGCGAGCCCCGAGCCGAGCCCCGGAGCCAGGAAGAGCCAUCGGAGACGGGGCCCGGGAGAGCGAGUGAGGUUUCGGGGACCGCGACAAGCUCGGGGCUGGAGGGCGCUGGACCUGACCUAGGCAGACAGGCAGCCCCGGGGACGAUAAACCAGGCCCCUGAAGCCGUCGAGGCCGAGCCGGGCAGAAGAACCAAGGCCUCCAGCCUCCUCGAGGGCAGCCGCGAGCGUGUCCCCCGGAGCUCGCGGGCUCCUCGGGGCCCCAGGCCGGCCCGGGACUCGAGUGACAACGAGGCACAACCGGAGCGCCGCCAGGUCGGAAAGGUGGUGGGGAAGGUGCAACUGGUGGCGGCCGAGGGGGAAGAGGAGGCUGGAGGGAGAGGCCGGCCCCAGGACCCGGCGCCGCUGGCAGCCCUCGUGGCGCUGCGCAGGCUCCGCGCGAGGUCCCCACCAGGCCCCGCGCACUCGGCUGCGGGUCCCCGCCGCGCGGGCCUCAAGCAGCGGCUGCUGCGCGUGGCGCGGGCCCUGGGCCUCCUGCACUGGCUGCGGCGGCGGCUCACGCCGCGGGAGGGCGGGCGGGGCACGGAGCCGGCGGCCGUCGAGGGGCGGGGCCGGGGCCCGGGGCUGCGGCGCCAUCUGGCUCUGCGCUUGGCGGGCGUGGCCGGGCUCCGGGGGCGGCGGACGUCUCCCCCUGGCGGCGGCCCGCGCUCCCCGCAGCCGGCCCGGAGCGCAGCCCCAGAUUCCCCUUCCGAAGAGGAGGACCGGAUUCCCGAUCCCAAAUUCGCGGUCGUGUUCCCCGGAAUCCACCGGGCUGGGAGGGCAUCGAGCACGCGGAGCUCGGGGGAGGCAUCCGCGGACGCCCCUGGCGGGGACUGGCGCACCUGGCCCAGUGAGGGGCGCGGAGCGAGUGAGAAAGGGGCGGCCGGGCCCAGCCGGGACUCCCUCCUUGCCCCGACUUCCCCCGACGAGCCUCCGCUCGACGGCGGCUCCAGCGGCUGCUGCAGUGAAAAGGAGCUGGAGGCCUGGGAAGCCGAGGCCCCGGUGCACUGGGCGCGGGGCUCCGACCCCUGCGAGGACCCUGCACUUGGCUCCGACCCGCUGCUGCUCCGACUCGCCUUGGAGAGGAGCCCGAGCCGGUGCCGGCUCCUGAAGGGUUGGUGGAAGCCGGAGGAUGAGGCCGAGGAGGCGCUGGAAAGGGAUCUGGAGCUGAACCUCCCACGGCACCUGGAGGCGCCGCCUUUCCCGGGUGAGGAGGGCAGGAGCCUCGGAGAUGGGGACGGCCUGGAGGACACGGAGGACCUGGCGCGCCUGCUGCUGGUGUGUGACAGCUCCGUGCUGCUGUGCCUCAAGAAGAGGUUUCACCUGGAUCGCAUCUGUACCUUUGGGGGGCCCCUCCUGCUCGCUCUGAACCCCCACCGGCCCCUGCCUCUCUUCUCAUCUGAGGUCCUGGCCAGCUACCGCCCUGGGAAGGCCCCCAACACCGCUCCACACGUCUUUGCCGUCGUGGAAGCCGCCUAUGGCCUGUCUCAGAGCACCGGGCAGGAGACGUGUGUCCUCCUCAGUGGGCCCAGCGGCUCAGGGAAGACAGAAGCUGCCAAAAAGGCCGUGCAGUUCCUGAGCAGCUUGGAGCAUCUGCAGCAGGGGCAGAUGAGGGAUGGAGAAUGCCAGCUGGAGGACGUGUUGCCUGUGCUGGGCAGCUUUGGCCACGCCAAGACAAUCCUGAACGCCAACGCCAGCCGCUUUGGCCAGCUCUUGUGCCUCUACCUACAGCAUGGGGUCCUCGUGGGAGCCUCUGUGUCACAUUAUCUGCUCGAGACCUCCCGGGUGGUGUUUCAGGCCCAGGCCGAGCGGAGCUUCCAUGUUUUCUACGAGCUGCUGGCAGGCCUGGACCCCGUGGAGCGGGAGCGGCUGUCCCUGCAGGGGCCAGAGACCUGCUACUACCUCAACCAGGGCCGGGCCUGCGGGCUGCAGGGCAAGGAGGACGCCAGGGACUUCACAGAGCUGGUGAAAGCCCUGCAGGCGCUGGGCUUGUCCCCCCAGGAGGUGGCUGCGGUCUGGGCUGUGCUGGCCUCCAUCCUGCAGCUGGGCAACAUCUGCUUCUCCUCUUCAGAGCGGGGGUCCCAGGAGGUGGCUGCUGUGUCCAGCUGGGCAGAGAUCCACACGGCAGCUCGGCUGCUGCGGGUGCCACCCGAGGGCCUGGAGGGGGCCAUUACCCAGAGGGUCACGGAGACGCCAUAUGGCCGAGCCUCACGGUCCCUGCCCGCAGAGAGCGCCAUCGAUGCCAGGGACGCACUGGCCAAGGCCCUGUACUCGCGGCUCUUCGACUGGCUCCUGCGGAAGAUGAACGCACGGCUGGCACCAUCCAGGGAGGGAGGCCCCGUGGGCACCGUCACCAUCGUGGACGUCUUUGGCUUUGAGGCACUCGCGUCCCUCCCACCAGGCCACAGACCACACCUUCCUCCAGAAGUGCCACUAUCACCACGGCGACCACCCGUGCUACACCAAGCCCCAGCUGCCCCUGCCCAUCUUCACCGUACGCCAUCACGCAGGGACCGUCACCUACCAGAUAUCUGGCCCAGGGACAGACUCCAGGGCGAAUGGGUGAGGGAUGAGGUGACCUCUGUGUCCCUCCCCAAGCUGAGUCACCCCGACAGGUUCACAAGUUUUUAAACAGAAACCGGGAUCACCUUGACCCUGCCG